GGCUGGCGUCUGCCUGGGGCUGCGAGGAAGAUGGCGGCCGGCUGCGGGGCUGGUGCUUGCUGCUGUUGCUGCUGCUGCGGGGAGAGAGAGAGCCGCACCCCGGAGGAGCUGGUGAGGGAGGGGCGCCGGGGGGGGGGCCUCCGUGAGAGCCUGGCUGGAGCCAACACCCUUGCCUGUCCCCAUUGUUCGCAGCGUGCUUGGUCUUGGGAGGUGGCCGUAGCAAAGCGGGGGUGCCUCUGAGCAUGAGCAGAGUGGACUUCCCUCUUCCAGCGGGUCUCUGCAAAACCCUCCGCUCCUGCAGAGAUAGGCGCGUGGGUGUGUUAGCAGCGAUUCAUGGAAAAAGGAAAAACCGCUCUGUGCAUGCUCAGAGGCAGCCGACCUGCUUUGCUGCAGCUGUAAAAUCUUAUCCCUUAGGACAUGCAUGUCUGAGGGAGGGGUGCUUCUGUGCAUGUACAGAGUGCUUCUCCAAUGGGUCACUCAAUAUAUCAAUAUAGCCCCCCCCCCCAAUAUAUCUGAGGGUUUUUUCCUCUCUCUCUCUGUAUAUAUGUAUUGGCACUGGGAGGGGGCAUUGCAGGGACUCAUUGGAAAGGGAAAACUGCACCCUACAUGCUCAGAGACGGCACCUGCUUGUCAUGUCUAUAUAAAUAUUCUGUCUUGGAGCAUACAUCUCUUAAGGGGGACGCUUUUGUGCAUGUACAGAGUUCCUUUCCAAUGGGUCAUUGCAGUGAUACUUGUUUAUCUCACAUGUAUAGACAGGAUUAUAUUCCACGUUAGUUCUAGUCAAAGCAGAACCAUUCAAAUUGUUGGACAUGUUUUCCUAGAAGCUUAUUAGUUUCAAUGGGUUUACUCUCAAUAGGCUGUUGUCGGAAGCAACUCGUCUUGGGUACUGGAGUGAGGUGUCUGCAGCAUCUAAUGUAAUAAUUUGAAAGCCUGUUUUUUUGUUUUCAAAUGUAUGGAAUAGCAUGUUCUUAAACAUUUCUGCAACUGUUUGCACCCUGAUAAAGAACUAGUGCUUUCUUGAAAGAUGCAAACUUUUAAAUGUGGGUAUGCAGUAAUGGAAAUACAUUCAGUAUUUUCUUAGCCCAGAGGAUGAUAUUGGAGAAUUCUGAUAUUUACCAGUUGAGAAUCCACUGAGCACCUUUGCUAAAUGUUCAGAUGUUAUCUUUUUUUUUAUCAAAAUGCAGGUUCAUGACAAACAUUUCUGAUGAAGCCUAUUGGAUCUCUUACAGUUCUUAGGAGACCCUCUAUUUACCCCUGAGAGCUACAAUUUUCAGAGUUCCCUGGGAAGAUGGGAAUGACUGUUAAACCACUCUGGAAAUUGUAGCUGUGCGAGGAGAGUGGUCUCUUUCCUCACUAUUCUCAGCACCCAUAACAAACUACAUUCCCAGGAUUCUUCAGGGAGAAAGCCAUCGUUGUUUUAAAGUAGCAUAAUAGUGCUUUAAAUGUGUUGAGCAGAUGGGGCCUUACUAUCACAGUUCAUUCUUUUUUCUUUUCUUUUUUAAAGUAAACCCCAAAUACAUGAAGUUAAAGGCCGAUUGUCUUAGAUCCGGGGUUGCCAAUUCAUUCUCAGUGCUGAGUCUAAGAAUUUUCUGGGCAGCCUGAAAAUGAGUGGUGAGCGUUGGUUUGCAAGCUGUGUGAGUUAAUGGUGAUGUCUGUUGGCAAUGCAAUGUGUCUUGGACACACAGUUGAUACUGGGAGAGAUCUGCUCCUCUAAGUACCGUACUUGAGUCCCAAGCAAUUUAGGUCUUUCUACACUAGCACAGACCAUAGAAGCUAGUUUAGUGUACCACCAUGUGCCUUCCAGAUGUUUGGGGCUACAAAUGCUGUCCAGGACUGAUGGGAGUUGUAGUCCAAAGUUUCUGGAUACCACCUGUUUGUCAAAAUAUAUUAGCUGUUCCAUAUAUUAGCUCCUUUAAAAAAUAAAUAAAUGCUGGUUUUAAUUUAUAUGUUUGCUUAAAUUAUUGUAAGUCACUUUGAAUUGUCAUGGCAAAAAGCAACUAAUAAAUUUAAUUAAUAAUUUUCUAUGUGUGUGUAGAGGCUAAGAGGUGUGUGGCUAAGAGGUUGCAUUUUAUUGUCUCCUUGUUGCAUAUUGAUCUCCCUAUUUUAUUUUGUUCUUAAACUGAGGCGUUUUGCAGGGUAUGGUUUAUUUAUGGUUCUCGUGGUUAGGCUGAGAGGCAGUGACUGGCCCAAGGUCUCCCAGUAAGCGUCAUGCCUGAGUGGGAAUUUGAACCCUGGUCUCCUAGGACCUAGUUCUUGACACACUUAACCAUUACACCACAGGGGUUGUGGAAAGUGUUUCCUGGUGUUUUUUUUUGUCCGUUUGGGGGAGUUUGAGACUGCAGGUGGUUUGCCUGUUUGGGGCAGCAAGUUCUGAAUAUUACUCAGUUUUCCUUCUGUGAAAUGGGUACCCACAACAAAUUUUUCCAACGUACCUUCCAGGUUCCCAAAAGUUGGGGACCAUUGGAUUAGCCCAGUAUCAAACAACAAUGCUUUGAAAAAGAAUUGUUGUGGAUCAACUUGACUUCCAUUUACUUCUGAGACUUAGUACCCUUAACCCUACUGGAUCCCUAUCAAUCAAAAUGGAAAGCUACAUUACAUGAAAAGCUGGGGUUUUUGCCACAGGCACUGUUAGCCACAGGAUAUGAGAAAUCCAGAGCAACAAUUCGCCAACAAAUCUGGGAAGUAGAAUUUCAGUGUCAUGUGAGUGAGAUGAAUAAGCACCCAGCAAUCCAAGACAAUGGGAGAGGUUUUACUCCAGCAAUAUAUCUGACAAAAUUACAAAUAUCUAAAUACAGAUGGUCGUUCACCCUCACUAGAUUCAACGUGCUGCCACCUGCCUUAUUACAGGGCAGAUAUGUGGGUAAACCAUAUGCGGAGCAAAUCUGCCCCUGCGGCCUGAUAGAGGUGGAAACCGUCUCUCAUGUCUUACUACGAUGUUGUUUUUAUGAGGAUAUAUACUUGGUCUUUAUCACCCCUGUUAAACAGAAAAUUCCAAGUGGGUCUGAACCUCAUUGCUUAAAAUCCCUAAUAGAGGAUAAGGAUCCAGAGAUCACGCUAAGGGUGGCCAAAUUUUGCACGGCUGCCAUAAAACUCAGGGAACAAGCUGUGCUGUUACAAAGACUAAGGCCUCAGAUAAUAUUUUAGAGACUAAGACCUAAACCACAUUUCUAAUGACUUGUCAUAUUAGUAUUGUUUAUUGUCGUAUUUGAUUAUUAAUUCAAACUUGAUUGUGUUGUGUUUGAUGUUUGCUUAGUACGGUAUGUGAAUCUGGUCUGGGACUGUAAUAAAUUUCACUCAUUCACUUCUGAGACUUCUGAUUUGUUUCCCAGACUAUCCUUGGAGAAACUGAGGAAGAAGAUGACGAGAUUCUCCCACGUAAGGACUAUGAGGUGAGCAGUGACGGUUUUAUCAAUGGGCAAUUAAAAGAAACAGAUGAGUGGGGGUUAAGAAGCAUAGGCUCCUGUGAAGGGUAUGUGUGCAUCCACAAAUGUUGGAUAUAUAAGCCAAACAGCACCUUAAAUCUAGGUUACACUUGCCACAACUGGAUGUCUGUUUGCCAGGGGGUUGGACUGGAUGACCCUCCGGGUCCCUUCCAACACUACAAUUUUAUGGUUCUAUGACCUCAACUCCAUUGCUUGACUGUAGCUUGCUCUUGCGACAAUUCACUUGUCCCAAGAUGCAAGAAGGAGAAAUGCACACAGUGGAAAUGGAAAUGAGAUUAACCAUGAACUAAGGCUAGGGACGCGGGUGGCGCUGUGGGUUAAACCACAGAGCCUAGGACUUGCUGAUCAGAAGGUCAGCGGUUUGAAUCACCCCGUUGCUCGCUCCCUGCUCCUGCCAACCUAGCAGUUUGAAAGCACGUCAAAGUGCAAGUAGAUAAAUAGGUACCGCUCCGGCAGGAAGGUAAACGGCGUUUCCGUGCGCUGCUCUGGUUCGCCAGAAGCGGCUUAGUCCUGCUGGCCACAUGACCCGGAAGCUGGACGCCGGCUCCCUUGGCCAAUAAAGCGAGAUGAGUGCGUCAGGGGUCCCUUUAUCUUUUAAGGCAGAGCUUCUUAGGCUGUGGUUGCCAAACUGGUGCCUGGAAAUCUCCACUUAAUUGCAGUUGUACCCUGUUCCAGUAAUAAUAAUAAAAUUUAUUUAUGCCCUCCCCUCCCCAGCCAAGACCGGGCUCAGGGCGGCGAACACCAGAUAUAAAACAAUUGAUUAAGAAACAACUUAAAAACAAGAUUAAAAUACAACAUUAAAAUGCAGCCUCAUUUCAAUAGAAACUCAAAUCCAAAACUUUUUGGGGAUGAAAACGUCAAAUCUUCACCAAGGCCAACUAUUCAGACUGGUCCUACGUGGGCCAGAAAAAAGCCAGGGAAGUCCCCAAAUAGGAGUUCCAUCACAGAAGGAAAAAGGAAAGAGGGGGCCUGGCUAAGUUCUGAACCCUUCUCUGAACUUAGACCAUUGCUUGACUUUACUGCCCCUGACUAUCUUUAACGCAGGAUGGGGGCUAUUGGCCAGAGUCUAAUGAUCUCUGGAGGGCCACAGCUUCUCCCUCCCGGCAACUUCUGUCUGGAGUAAGAAAUUUCUUUUCGAAAAUGUGAGUGUGAAUGUAGCGGUUCUUGCUCUCUUUCUCCUGUAUUAUGGGUUGCGUUCAAAUGCGCUUGCCUUUCUCUCCCACCCACCUGCAGAGUUUGGACUAUGAUCGUAGCAUCAACGAACCCUACUUGGAAGUUCUGGAAAGCCUUGAUAGCAAGGUAAGAUGGUGUAGGGAAGUUACAGUCAUGGGAAUAAUCGGUUUCUGCUCUUUUAGUCUUGAUCAGCUAGCUUUAGGACUUCCCAGCAUGGUACUUGUUGCUGUAGUUGAGGUCUCCCCUUAGUUACACAUAAAGCCACAGAGAUCCUCCAUUCAUUUCCUUCUUGGUCAUGAGGAAGCGAGGGCUAUUACCUUUUCCUUCCUUGAAGAGUACAAUAGAGUUGCAGGAGGAAUUUGGAAGGAUGACACUCUUUCCCACUUCCUCUUUCAGCUCUGUGGACUUUUCAACGCUCAGAUUAAUUCUACUGGAUCUGACUUUUGCUCAGGGUGGAUUUGAUUUAAAUCAAACCGACUUAAAUCACUAGUCAGUAAGGCUUGAUUGAAAUCAAUUUUUUUUACAGAAAGACUCACUCUUGCUGGUAUAAUCGUAACAUUUACAACCAGGUAGAGGUUUCAUUUUUGGAAUAAUAAAUCUUCAGAGUAGCUUUUACAGUUACAUCAAAAAUAACUGAUUUGGUUAUACUAUUAGAAAUACAUAGACAGAUAAUUAUGAAAUUAUUGUGAGGUUUAAUAAGUUAACUGUUUAUAUUUGGACAACUGUUCUGCUGUACUUUGUUGGAAGGAGAAAAAUAAUUAUUUCCUUAAUAACAAUUUAAACAGUUUAACUAAAACAAUAACAUUAUAGUAUACGUAUCCAUGUUUGUUAACUGAUGUGGUUAAACAUUUUUUUAAAAAAGAAAACUUUGUUGUUUAGUCGUUUAGUCGUGUCCGUCUCUUCGUGACCCCAUGGACCAGAGCACGCCAGGCACCUCUGUCCUCCACUGCCUCCCGCAGUUUGGUCAAACUCAUGCUGGUAACCUCGAAAACACUAUCCAACCAUCUCGUCCUCUGUCGUCCCCUUCUUCUUGUGCCCUCCAUCUUUUCCAACAUCAGGGUCUUCUCCAGGGAGUCUUCUCUUCUCAUGAGGUGGCCAAAGUACUGGGGCCUCAGCUUCACGAUCUGUCCUUCCAGUGAGCACUCAGGGCUGAUUUCCUUCAGAAUGGAGAGGUUUGAUCUUCUUGCAGUCCAUGAGACUCUCAAGAGUCUCCUCCAGCACCAUAAUUCAAAAGCAUCAAUUCUUCGGCGAUCAGCCGUCUUUAUGGUCCAGCUUUCACUUCCAUACAUCACUACUGGGAAAACCAUAGCUAUAACUAUACGAACCUUUGUUGGCAAGGUGACGUCUCUACUUCUCAAGAUGCUGUCUAGGCCUGUCAUUGCCCUUCUCCCAAGUAGCAGGCGUCUUUUAAUUUUGAGGCUGCUGUCACCAUCUGCAGUGAUCAUGGAGCCCAAGAAAGUAAAAUCUCCCACUGCCUCCAUUUCUUCCCCUUCUAUUUGCAAGGAGGUGAUGUGACCAGUGGCCAUGAUCUUCGUUUUUUUGAUGUUGAGCUUCAGACCAUAUUUUGCGCUCUCUUUUUUCACCAUCAUUAAAAGGUUCUUUAAUUCCUCCUCACUUUCUGCCAUCAAGGUUGUGUCAUCUGCAUAUCUGAGGUUGUUGAUAUUUCUUCCGGCGAUCUUUAUUCCGGCUAGGGAUUCAUCCAGCCCAGCCUUUCGCAUGAUGAGUUCUGCAUAUAAGUUAAAUAAGCAGGGAGACAAAAUACAGCGUUGUCGUACUCCUUUCCCAAUUUUGAACCAAUCAGUUGUUCCAUAUCGAGUUCUAACUUUAGCUUCUUGUCCCACAUAGAGAUUUCUCAGGAGACAGAUGAGGUGAUCAGGCACUCCCAUUUCUUUAAGAACUUGCCAUAGUUUGCCGUGGUCGAGACAGUCAAAGGCUUUUGCAUAGUCAAUGAAGCAGAAGUAGAUGUCUUUCUGGAACUCUCUAGCUUUCUCCAUAAUCCAGCACAUGUUUGCAAUUUGGUCUCUGGUUCCUCUGCCUCUUCUAAAUCCAGCUUGCACUUCUGGGAGUUCUCGGUCCACAUACUGCUUGAGCCUUCCUUGUAGAAUUUUAAGCAUAACCUUGCUAGCGUGUGAAAUGAGUGCAAUUGUGUGGUAGUUGGAGCAUUCUUUGGCACUGCCCUUCUUUGGGAUUGGGAUGUAGACUGGUCUUCUCCAAUCUUCUGGCCACUGCUGAGUUUUCCAAACUUGCUGGCAUAUUGAGUGUAGCACCUUAACAGCAUCAUCUUUUAAAAUUUUAAAUAGUUCAGCUGGAAUACCAUCACUUCCACUGGCCUUGUUAUUUGCAGUGCUUUCUAAGGCCCAUUUGACUUCACUCUCCAGGAUGUCUGGCUCAAGGUCAGCAACCACACUACCUGGGGUAUAUGAGACAUCUAUAUCUUUCUGGUAUAAUUCCUCUGUGUAUUCUUGCCACCUCUUCUUGAUGUCUUCUGCUUCUGUUAGGUCCUUACCACUUUUGUCCUUUAUUAUGGUAAUCUUUGUACGAAAUGUUUCUUUCAUAUCUCCAAUUUUCUUGAACAGAUCUCUGGUUCUUCCCAUUCUGUUGUUUUCCUCUAUUUCUUUGCAUUGCUCGUUUAAGAAGGCCUUCUUGUCUCUCCUUGCUAUUCUUUGGAAAUCUGCAUUCAGUUUCCUGUAUCUUUCACUAUCUCCCUCACAUUUUGCUUGCCUUCUCUCCCCCGCUAUUUGUAAGGCCUCAUUGGACAGCCACUUUGCUUUCUUGCAUUUCCUUUUCAUUGGGAUGGUUUUCGUUGCUGCCUCCUGUAUAAUGUUGCGAGCCUCCAUCCAUAGUUCUUCAGGCACUCUGUCCACCAAAUCUAAAUCCUUAAACCUGUUCCUCACUUCCACUGUGUAUUCAUAAGGGAUUUGAUUUAGAUUGUAUCUUACCGGCCCAGUGGUUUUUCCUACUUUCUUCAGUUUAAGCUUGAAUUUUGCUAUAAGAAGCUGAUGAUCUGAGCCACAGUCAGCUCCAGGUCUUGUUUUUGCUGACUGUAUAGAGCUUCUCCAUCUUUGGCUGCAGAGAAUAUAAUCAAUCUGAUUUCGAUGCUGCCCAUCUGGUGAUGUCUAUGUAUAGAGUCGUCUCUUGUGUUGUUGGAAAUGAUGACCAGCUUGUUCUCUUGACAGAACUCUAUUAGCCUUUGCCCUGCUUCGUUUUGAUCUCCAAGGCCAAACUUGCCAGUUGUUCCUUUGAUCUCUUGACUCCCUACUUUAGCAUUCCAAUCCCCUAUAAUGAGAAGAACAUCCUUCUUUGGUGUCACUUCUAUAAGGUAUUAUAAGUCUUCAUAGAAUUGGUCAAUUUCAGUUUCUUCAGCACCAGUAGUCGGUGCAUAAACUUGGAUUACUGUGAUGUUAAAAGGUCUGCCUUGGAUUCGUAUUGAGAUCAUUCUAUCAUUUUUGAGAUUGCAUCCCAGUACAGCUUUCGCCACUCUUUUGUUGACUAUGAGGGCCACUCCAUUUCUUUUACGGGUUUCUUGCCCACAGUAGUAGAUAUGAUGGUCAUCCGAACUGAAUUCACCCAUUCCCGUCCAUUUUAGUUCACUGAUGCCCAGGAUGUCAAUAUUUAUUCUUGCCAUCUCAUUUUUGACCACCUCCAACUUACCCAGGUUCAUGGUUCUUACAUUCCAGGUUCCUAUGCAAUAUUUUUCUUUACAGCAUUGGACUUUCCUUUCGCUUCCAGGCAUAUCCACAACUGAGCGUCCUUUCGGCUUUGGCCCAGCCGCUUCAUCAGCUCUGGAUCUACUUGUACUUGCCCUCCGCUCUUCCCCAGUAGCAUGUUGGACGCCUUCCAACCUGUGGGGCUCAUCUUCCAGCUAUAACUUUUAUAUGCCUGUUGUCUUUGUCCAUGGAGUUUUCUUGGCAGGGAUACUGGAGUGGCUUGCCGGUUCCUCCUCCAGGUGGAUCGCGUUUGGUCAAAACUCUCCACUAUGACCUGUUCAUCUUGGGUGCCCUGCUCGGCAUAGUUCAUAGCUUCUCUGAGCUAUUCAAGCCCCUUCGCCAUGGCAAGGCAGUGACCCACUUAGAGUGAGUUUUAGCACACAUGAAAAACUUAAAACAAAUCCAAAUUUCCUGAUGGAAAUUUCCUGAUGAAUAGUCUUUGGACUAUAAUGUAACUUACCGUAUUUUUUGCUCCAUAACACUCACUUUUUUCCUCCUAGAAAGUAAGGGGAAAUGUCUGUGCGUGUUAUGGAGCGAAUGCCUACGGAUGGCGGGGGGAUCUGCUGCAGUCGUGAGCAGAGGAUCCAUGGUUCCCCUUCCUUCCCUCCUCCGUGGCUCGCUUUGAAACAGCAAAGCAGAAGAAGAGCCGCUGAGUGGGGAGGAGAGAGGGACAGAGAGCCUGCUUGCUUUAAAGGAGCAAAGCGGGAGAGGAGAGGAGCCUUCUCCUCUUAUACCCCUCUUCUGCAUUAUUAGCAGCAUCCUUCUCCACACACCCCACGCGUGCUCCUUGUCCCUUGAGUGCUUUCCCUUCCCUCCCCCCUUAAAACGUGGUUACAAAGCACGGAUCUACAUGGAUCCUCAGGAUUUUUGCACUGGGUCACCCAAAUUCACCAUCAGAUCACAUAGCAUGUCCAUGGCUACAGCUUGCACCCAAAAAAUCAUGCACCCACUAUUGCUUGGGGCCACAGUGGUGCAAAACGUGGUUACAAAGCAUGGAUCCACAUGGAUCCUCAGGAUUUUUGCAUUGGGCUACCCCAAACUCACCGUCAGAUCACGUCUGUGGCCACAGCAUGAACCAAAAAAAUCAUACACCCACUGUUUCGUUUAGAAUAUUUUUUUUCCUUGUUUUCCUCCUCUAAAAACUAUGUGCGUGUUAUGGUCGGGUGCGUGUUAUAGAGCGAAAAAAACGGUAAAUAGAAAACUAUCUUUAGAAAGAUUUUUCCUCCAAAAGCAUUUUAUUUUAAAAAUCCGAUUUAAAUCAAAAAAAUAAUGGAUUUUUAUCCACCCUGCUUUUACCCCAAUCCUUUGGAAGAGGUGUGUGUGUGUGUGUGUGUGUGUGUAGCUCAGCCCAGAGAACUGGUGACGACACAUGAUUCCCAACUCUGUCUUUUUUCCCCUCUCUCGCAGAAAGGCUGGCGGUAUGAAGCGGUGAAGUGGAUGGUGGUUUUUGCCAUUGGAGUCUGCACUGGGAUGGUGAGGGUCCUUGCUAGUUUGCUUCCUCCGGUGAAGGGCAGAUGCAAUGCUAGUCCUACUCAGAGUAGACCCAUUAUAUCCCGUGCUUGUCCUCCACAGAGUAGACCCUGUCUACACUAUACAUUUAAAGCACUAGGAUGCCACUUUAAACAGCCGCAGCUUCGCCUAAAGGAUCCUGGGAACUGAUAUUUGUUAAGAACUACAAUUCCCAGAGUUCCAUGGGGAGAGGGACUGAUUCCUCUCCAUCACACACAUUUUCAACGGGCGUUAUUGCUUUGUGUUUGUUUUAUUAAUAAUGAUGUCAUGGCACGGGGAAGAUGAGUUAUAUGUUAAAUCGCUCUGGGAAUUGUAGUUCCGUGAGGGGGAAUAGGGGGUCUCUGAAUAAUUCUCAGCACCCUUAACAAACUACACCUCCCAGGAUGCUUUGGGGAAAGUAGAACCGUCUGGUUUUUGUGUGGCUUGAACAUAUCCUAGUAUACACGUAUUGAUUUGCCCAUUUUUUUGCCUCUGGACCUGCUCACCACUCAUGUUUGUUUAUUUUUUAUUUUUUUAAAUCUAUUAUUGCAUUAAAUCUUGCAUUUCCUCCAAGGAUCUCAAUGUGAUGUACACGGUUCCACCCCUCUUUCCUUGUUUUAUUCUCAGAACAACCCUUUGAGGCAGGUUAGGCAGAGAGACGGUGACAGGCCUAAGAUUACUUAGCAAGCUUCAUGGCUGAGGGUUGAACCCUGGCCUCCAAGGUCCUAGGCUGGCACUCUGACCACUAUACCACACUUCCAUGCGGCCCCCAGUAGAAUGAAGAACCUUCCCUUUUCUGCUGCAAUGUAAUGGUGCUGGUCUUCUUUUCCUUAACCCCCUCCUCCUCUUCUCCUCUCACAGGUUGGUCUCUUUGUGGACUUCUUUGUACGACUCUUCUCCAGACUCAAGUUCCACAUCGUGCAGAAUUGUAUCCACCUUGGUUUUGUCAUUUCAGUGGUCCCUCUAAUUGAGGCAGUGGCUGGGUUGAACAGGAGAACCCAAGGAAGUAUUUUUGAGAGUUGGUCUGAGAAGCCUCGCUGGCUUCGAUUGAGACACUUGAUUUAUUUGACCUGCCCACGCCACUUAGAUUCAGGAUGGGAAGGAGUAACGAUCACCUAGAGAUGCUUCUUGCAUGUUUGCCAAACUGGGGUAACCCAAUGAGAUCAUCGGUGUUAAAAGAAUAUUUUAUUUUAUUUCUUAAAGCAGUGCAGAUAAAUGAAAAUGAGUUAAGACUGUAAAACCAAACUCAAAAUCAAAAUGCAUGAUGGAAUUAAAAUGUCUCUAUUAGGUGCUGGCAGUUCAGCAGGGAGACGGGGCCUGUCUGACCUCAGCUAGGAAGGACUUCCAUAAAAUAGGGCCCACAGUACUGAACCCAUGAUUCUUGGUGGCUAUGAGCUGUAGAGCACCACUGGCAGCGACUCCCCCAAAGAGUGAGCAGGGAUAUAAGGAUCAGGCGGUCCUUGAGGUAUCCUGGUGUCAGACUUCAGGGAAUUGGCUUCCUUCCCCUUCCCCUAACCCUUUGGCAGUAGAUAAGCAGAACAAAAAGCAGAAAGCAGAGACAUCACCUUGUCGACAAAGGUCCGUAUAGUUAAAGCUAUGGUUUUCCCAGUAGUGAUGUAUGGAAGUGAGAGCUGGACCAUAAAGAGGGCUGAUCGCCAAAGAAUUGAAUUAUGGCGCUGGGGAGACUCUUGAGAGUCCCAUGGACUGCAAGAAGAUCAAACCUAUCCAUUUUUAAGGAAAUCCGCCCUGAGUGCUCACUGGAAGGACAGAUCCUGAAGCUGAGGCUCCAAUACUUUGGCCACCUCAUGAGAAGAGAAGACUCCCUGGAAAAGACCCUGAUGUUGGGGAAGAUGGAGGGCACAAGGAGAAGGGGACAACAGAGGACGAGAUGGUUGGAUAGUGUUCUCAAAGCUACCAGCAUGAGUUUGACCAAACUGCGGGAGGCAGUGGAAGACAGGAGUGCCUGGCGUGCUCUGGUCCAUGUGGUCACGAAGAGUCGGACACGACUAAACGACUAAACAACAAGAACAAAAAGCAGAACAAAGGAAAGGAGCUUUCUUACCAGUUAGAAAGAAACUUUAAUGAUCACAGCGAGAGAACAAAGAAUCCAUUUUCUAGGAACGGCGGUGCUCCCAAUUAAGGGUCCCACCCACUUCCUCCCUAGUCACCCGCUUCACUUCCACAACUUGUAACCUGAUCUUGCAACCGCUGUGCUUUCUGCGCUGCCACCUUAUCUGCCCUCGACCCUGGGCUGAGCGGCUGGACGCUUUCCAGCGACAUUGAGUCUGUUAACUCUCUCUCUCUCUCCCAGUUCUUCCUCUCCUAGCUGUUCCCCACCCAGUACUUCCCAGCUUCUGCCUUCUGAACUAUGUCCCUCUGCAAACCACUGUUCCAAAUCUAUACUACUUCUCUGCUCCUGGGAAGAUUCAGGAUCCUGAUCAGGGGGAGAGGAGGCUCCCACCAUUCCUCCUCAGAGCAGCCCUCCUCAGCACGGUCCCUGGCACAUGGACAUGAGUUUCUGAGGGCCUUGUAAAUUAAUGCAAGGAACUUUAACCUUGCCCACUAGCAUGUGGAGAGAUGGUGCACACUUUGGAGCACUAAGGUUACAUGCUGGUAAGUCUGUCCCACACAGCACUUUGCAUCAGCUGCAGCCUCCACCCCAGCCCAAGGAAAGCCCCUGCAGCAAUUGAGUUUUGAAGUUGGGGAACCUCUGACCCAGAGGCCAUAUUCGGCCUUCCAGGUCCCUCUGUGCCCUCGAACCCUGAUAAUGUUUCUGGUUUGCCUGGAUGGAGGAAAGAGAAGUGUCGCAAGAUUGUGUGUAGAAACUAGGUAGGGGUAAAGGGACCCCUGACCAUUAGGUCCAGUCGUGGCCAACUCUGGGGUUGUGGCGCUCAUCUCGCUUUACUGGCCGAGGGAGCCGGCGUACAGCUUCCGGGUCAUGUGGCCAGCAUGACUAAGCCGCUUCUGGUGAACCAGAGCAGCGCACGGAAAUGCCGUUUACUUUCCCGCUGGAGCGGUACCUAUUUAUCUACUUGCACUUUGAUGUGCUCUCGAACUGCUAGGUUGGCAGGAGCAGGGACCGAGCAACGGGAGCUCACCCCGUCACGGGGAUUCGAACCGCCGACCUUCUGAUCGGCAAGUCCUAGGCUCUGUGGUUUAACCCACAGCGCCCCCCGCAUCCUGUGUAGAAACCAGCCUACCAUAAAAAGGUAAAAUGCACAUUGGUUGCUCAGCCGACUUCUGCCUCUGGCCCUGCCCGGCAUGUGGCCCCUAGGAGCUUGCCCAGAAGGGAGUGCGGCCCUCAGACUGAUUUACAAGUUCCUUGCCCCUGUAAUGUGGGCAGGCUGGCCGUGCCCGUUUCUGUGGCUCUGUUCCUGAAGCAGCAUAGGUUGAAGCAGUUGUUCUUUGCCGAUAAAUAGGAACUCUUGUUGCAUAGGUCAGCUGGGAUAAAGCAGAGAGGUCUUCCCAGGCUGGCUGCAUCCGUUUCCUUGACUCUCGCCCUGCAGCGGUGGAGGAGUGCAGCGAGAAAGGCUGCCUUGCAGUGUCCCUGCUGGAGCUCCUCGGCUUUAACCUGACCUUCAUCUUCCUGGCCAGCCUCCUCGUCUUGAUCCAGGUAAUACGGGGCAGCCAGCUGGGCUGAAAAGUUCUCCAGUGUGCAGAAUUUUCUAUAGGCCAGUCUUCCCACAUGAACCUGAGUUAAGUCAUUUUUGGGAAAAGGGAAAGAACUUUCCAUUCUCUACUUUGCAAAAAGAAAAAAGAAAAGGUUUCUUGCCUGGUUGCCUCCCAUCUGUUCUUGCUCACCCUAGCCAACCAGGCAGAUAGUUACAGAGCAGGCAUGGGGAGCAUUUGGCCCUCUAGAUAUUGCUGAAUGGCAACUCCCAUCAUCCCUGGCCAUUGGGUACAUUUGCUGAGGCUGAUGGGAGUUGUAGUUCAGCAACAUCUGGAGGGUCAGAGGUUACCUACACCUGAACUACAAGCAUGGACUAAAACUAAGGGAUUUGAGCAACCUUUUUAACCAACACAUUUCUCUGGAAAGCUAUUGAGGCAUGUCUUGGGCCAAGCCUAGUCUUCAGAAUUACUAUUACUAUUAUUUUAUUUGUAUUCCGUCUAUCUGGUUAGUUUGCUCCAGCUACUCUGGGUGGCUUCCAACAUAUAUAAAAGCAUAACAAAACAUCAAACAUUAAAAGCUUCCCUAAACAGGACUGCCUUCAGAUGUCUUCUAAAAGUUGUGUAGUUCUUUAUCUCCUUGGCAUCUGAUGGGAGGGCGUUCCACAGUGAGGGCGCCACUACCGAGAAGGCCCUCUGCCUGGUUCCUGUAACCUCACUUCUUGCAGGGAGGGAACCGCCAGAAGGCCCUUGGAGCUGGACCUCAGUGUCCGGGCUGAAUGAUGGGGGUGGAGAUGCUCCUUCAGGUAUGCUGGGCUGAGGCCGUUUAGGAAUUUAAAGGUGAGCACCAACACUUUGAAUUGUGCUCCUAAAGGAUUCAAGAACACCACUUGUGCCAUUAUAAGUACAUUUGUGGGUCAGACAUAUGAACCUCCUUUAAUUCAUAUUUUGCCUGGGUCUCGAGCAUUACGCCGCCUUAUUCAUUUAGAAGAUUAAUACGCCAUUUGAUCAAAGAGCUUGCCAACAAAAUGGUAAAAUGAAACCUGGCUAAAAUCCACAAACCAGUUAAAAACAAACAAGGCCUAAAACCACCAUCAUUAAAAAGACAAACAAACCAAAAUCAAUAACACUUGAAAAAAACCACAUAUAGAUACAUAGGGAUAUAGGCAGCCAUCUUAUACUGAGGUUCCUGUGGUCCAAUCCAGUUCAGCCUUGGCUCCCUGACUGGCAGCGAUUCUCCAGGGUUUCAGACUGGGCUCUCUGUCCCAGCCCUACCUUAAAAAGCCUGGAUUUAAAUCUGGGCCCUUCUGUGUGCAAAGCAGGUGAUGUGCGGCUGAGCUUUGGUCCUUCCCCUAAAGAAAACCCAAGAUCCUAGUCCUCAUGAUUCUGAACAGAGGGCUGAUUUAAAUAGAAACCUAGGAAGCUCAUCAUACUGAGUCAGACCACUGGUCUACCCAGCUCUUUGUUCUCUACACUGGCACUCUAGGGAUUUCGGCAAGGGUUACCCCCAGCCUUACCUGGAGGUUGCUCCCAGGGAUUGAGCCUGGGACCUUCCACAUGCAAAGCAUGUGCUCUGCUCCUGACCUGUAGUCCUUCUCCUUUCAGCCUGUGGCUGCUGGUUCUGGGAUUCCGGAGAUCAAAUGCUACUUGAACGGAGUGAAGGUCCCUGGGAUUGUUCGCCUCCGGACUCUGGUGUGCAAAGCUCUCGGGGUGCUCUUCAGCGUCGCUGGAGGUAAGAGGGGACCUGUCCCCUGUGGGAUUCUGCUCCCACCUGCAUGACACUUUUUAUGCUGUCUCUUAUCCUUCCAGCUCCCAGAUCUUGGCUUUUAUAGAGAACUCACCUACCUGUCUUUUUUUCCCCAGGUCUCUUUGUAGGGAAGGAGGGUCCCAUGAUCCACAGCGGUGCUGUGGUAGGAGCCGGUCUCCCUCAGGUGAGUGCCAGCAGAGGUGGUGUCUUGCCAAAUGCCAGGUGGCUCAUUUAAUGAGAUUCAGAAGCAAUACAAACACAAGUGAGUGAGAAGAUUAAAGAUUUUAUUCUGAACAGCAAGCAUUAUAUACAUUACCAAGCAAGCACUUUGAUCUGCCACUGGGAAGCCCUCAAGAAGUGGUGAAGUGACUCCCAGGUAAUCCUCCGGCUAUGAGUUCGUACACAAGCUUCACAAAGAACUAUGCCCCCAAACCAUCCGAUUUAUAGAUACUAACUUGUUAGCCUACGUGCCUUGCCUGACUAGCUAGUGCAGAUUAUUUAUUAGCCGCCCCCUCUUCCAAUACUGCACGGUCCUCCAAACAACAACAACAACAACAAUAAUAAUAUAUAAUAAUAUUAAUUUAUUAUUUGUACCCCACCCAUCUGGCUGGGUCCCUCCAGCCUCUCUGGGCGGCUUCCAACAAAACACUAAAAUACAAUAACUUAUUAAACAUUCAAAGCUUCCCUAAACAGGGCUACCUUUAGAUGUCUUCUAAAAGUUGGGUAGUUAUUUUUCUCUUUGACAACUGGUGAGAGGGCGUUCCACAGGGCGGCUGCCACAACCGAGAAGGCCCUCUGCCUGGUUCCCUGUAACUUGGCUUCUCGUAGCGAGGGAACCGGCAGAAGGCCCUCGGCGCUGGACCUCAGUGUCCGGGCAGAACGAUGGGGGUGGAGACUCUCCUUCAGGUAUACUGGGCCGAGGCCGUUUAGGGCUUUAAAGGUCAGCAGCAACACUUUGAAUUGUGCUCGGAAACGUACUGGGAGCAGUGUAGGUCUUUUAAGACCGGUGUUAUAUGGUCACGGCGGCUGCUCCCAGUCACCAGUCUGGCUGCCGCAUUCUGGAUUAAUUGUAGUUUCUGGGUCACCUUCAAAGGUAGCCCCACAUAGAGCGCAUUGCAGUAGUCCAAGCGGGAGAUAACCAGAGCAUCCCUAACAUUAAAGAAGGUCAGAAGGUACCCUGCAUUAUCACUUCUUCCUUCCACCAGAUUAUACAUUAAAGGCUGCUAUCAGCCAUCAAAGAACUUUAACGAGAUAGAGAGGGGAAGUAAACAAAGGCAGGAAGUAAACGGGCAGGAAGAGAUGACCAUGUCAGAUCACUAAAUGCAUCGAAAUUACAAAUAUCUUCCGGAUAGAAUGCCCAUACAGGUGGUCAGUCUGUGCCCAUUUCUGAGCUUGCAACAGGGAUUCCCUGCAGGCUUUCAUGUCUCUUGUGAGAGCUUAGAGACUUGACCCUUUUCAAGAUUCCAAGAAGUGGAACUCUGUUCUUAGAAUUCUGUCUCAUGAAUUUGUGCUUGCCUCUAAGGACCUGAGCUCUCUUCCUAGUUCAUUUACUGUGAUUUGUGUGUGUGUCCUCAAAGGGGAUCACUGUUUAUAUGCAGAGCACGGUCUACAGUAAUUGUGUGUGUUUGUAUCCGUAUUGUUCAGCUUCUGAGUUGUUCUUUCUCUCUUUCUCUGCCCAGUUCCAGAGCAUCUCUUUGAGGAAGAUCCAGUUCAACUUUCCCUAUUUUCGCAGCGAUAGGUACAUUACCAAAUCAUGGUGGGGAUGUGGUGGUGGUGAUUUCAAAUGUUCUAUCUUAAGAGGUGCAUACCUGUGGUUUAUGCCACGCUUGGGCAAGGAGGAAAGUGGGUGUACUGAUGGCGAAUCACUGGCUAGUUUCUGGAGAAAACCUGAUUCACAUUUAAAGGAGAGAGCAAUUCUUACAUGCUCAUGGGAACUGGCGCUCACAGUCAAAGAAGUUGGGUCUAACGUGUAUUCAUCAGCUGACAAAUGUUGGUUAAAUCCUGCACAGCUUGGCUGUGCAUUGCCUGUUCCCCAGCUGCAAACAGGCACCUGCAGCCCAAAGCACACCACGGGGCUGCUUGAAAGCCCUUUUGCAAACAGCCUUGCUCUGCUCUUUGAACUUCCAGAUUUCCAGAGCCCCACGCUGCACUUUGAAGUCCCAACGAUUGGGGCUUCAAAGCACACUGCUCCCUGAUUUCACUAUGAUGUGAGUGAUGGAUCCCGUCCCCCCGAGCCAAAAAGGUUCCCUGUCCCUGCCCCAGCCUCUUUUGUUAAGAAACAUCUCCUAAGAAAAGCUCACUAAGCGUGUGAAAGCUUUAAAUGGAAUGCGAGACUCUGGCGACUUUAUACAAGUGCUUACCUUUCUAUUACCUUUUUCACUACAAUUCCAUGACAGAGCAUUCUCCACUAACACAUAAAAAGUUGUGGGAUAAUGCAUUUCACUAAUGACAACGUUUAUAUCCUACUUCUGGCAUGCGUUCCUGCAACAUUUAAGUGUGAUUGGAAACCAAUCAAAACAUCUCCCAAUUUCUCCCUCAAUUUUUCUCUUUUCCUAGGGACAAGAGGGAUUUUGUGUCUGCUGGAGCUGCUGCUGGGGUGGCCGCAGCCUUUGGGGCCCCAAUUGGUGGCACACUCUUCAGCCUCGAAGAGGGCUCUUCCUUCUGGAACCAGGGCCUGACGUGGAAAGUGGUGAGGCCCUAAAGGGAUGAUUUAUCACAAGUUACUGGUUGAAAAAUGAGUUUGUACUGAAAAUGAGUCUCUGGGAGGAAGACUAUACCAAAUCUUUUAGGUAGGGCUGUCUCUGAAGAUGGUUCGGAAACUUCAGCUGGUGCAGAAUUCAGCGGCCAAGUUGCUCACCGGAGCAAGUUGGUUUGAGCAUAUUACACCAAUCCUGGUCUGAGUGCACUAGCUACAAAUUAGUUUCCAGGCCCAGUUCAAAGUGCUGGUUUUGAUCUAUAAAGCCUUAAACGGCUCAGGACCGCAAUACCUCAAGGACCGCCUCUUUCCAUAUGAACCUACCUGAACCCUGAGAUCACCUUCUGAGGCCCUCCUUCACAUGCCUCCUCCUCAAGAGGGCCAGAGGGUGGCAACACGAGAACGGGGCCUUCUCUGCAGUGGCUCCCUGUCUGUGGAAUGCUCUCCCCAGGGAAGUUCACAUGGCACCUUCAUUAUACACCUUUAUGCGCCAGGCAAAAACGUUCCUUUUUAACCAAGCCUUUGGUUGACUUGAUUGACAUCCUAUGCCCUUUAAAAACGUUGUGGCUUUUUUGGAGGGGGGUUGUUAUUAGAUUGUCGUUUUUAUUCUGAUUAUGUAUGCUGUGAUCUUUUCUGUGAUCUGCCCUGAGACCUCAGGGUAUAGGCACCACCCCUUUUCAAAUGCCACCUUCUCUCUCUCUCUCCUUCCCCAGCUCUUUUGUUCUAUGUCUGCCACCUUCACUCUGAACUUCUUCCGCUCUGGGAUCCAGUUUGGAAGUUGGGGUUCCUUCCAGCUCCCGGGAUUGCUGAAUUUUGGGGAAUUCAAGGUAGGUAUCGCUUGACAUAAAACGAUACGUGGCACGGAGAAAUUGGAGCAAGGAAGGUUUUUUCCCCUUGUAACAUUAGACCUCAUGGGUAUCCUGUAGGAAUGAUCGCUGGGUGUGGAGCACACUCCCCACCCGCGGGCGGCCUCAGUUGCUUGCACGCAUGACCUUGGGGUGUCGGGCACACUCCCCCUCAUAGAUAAAGCCACAGCUGCCGGAACAUCUUGCCCUCUGUCUAACCUUUUGCGAUCUCAGUAGUCUGCCGUGUCCCGUCUGUGACCUUUGUCUCCUUCGUCAUACACUCAACAAGGGGAAAAUGAUGCGGUGGAAACAGGUGCCAAAAUAACUUUGUACCACCCCACGAUCUUGGGACUGGAAGAUGUGUAAAGGUCACAGCCCAAAAUGUAUCUGCCUGGGUUUGCAUAUUGUGUCAAUAAAAGGAGCUUCCACAGAGCUGGCCGGCAGCUUGCUUGCAGCUCAGCUGUGCGCAGCUCACCUGCAUUAUCAACUCCUGCCUCAUGUCCCUCACUUCAGUAUCCAAUGGAAGAUCUGUAACAGAUAAACAAAAGCCCUUCACACAGCACAUAGUUAAACUAUGGAACUCACUCCUGCAGGAGGCAGUGAUGGUCACCGACUUGGGCAGCUUUGAAAGAGGAUUAGAGAAAUUCAUGGAGGAGAAGGCUAUCAAUAGCUACUAGCCAUGAUUUCUGUGCUCUGCCACCAUGAUUGGAGGCAGUCAUGGUCCUGAAGACCAGUUGCUGGAAACCACAGGAGGGGAGAGUAUGCUUGCUCUCGGGUCCUGUUUGUGGACAUCUGAUUGGCCAGUGUGAGAGCAGGAUGCUAGACUAGAUGGGCCACUGGCUGGCUCCAGAGGGUCCUUAACAACAAUUUUAUUAUUUAUACCUCAUCCUGUUGGCUAUUUGCAGAUUAGUUGCGCUGCAGAAAGCGUGCUGGGGAGACCACACAUUUCAAGAAACGCAAAAGUAACUUUUGCUAGGUUUUAAUAACAAAAACAAAAAGCACCUUUUACACUAAAUUACAAUAUAUCAGUAAGCAUGACCCAUUCACCAGGGUACUGAGAGAGCUACAUGCUGCUCUUUACAUACCAUACCCAACAGAUUAAUAAACAUAACCUAACAGCACCUGCUAUACUUCUUCACAGCUGUAAAACUAGGUCAUGUUAUUUGCUCUGGCCUUUAAAGAAAUACACAUCUUGUGGAACAAUAAUGAACCUUCAAAUUUAAAGAGACCAUUCAACACACCCAUCUGGCUAGGUUUCCCCAGCCACUCUGGGCAGCUCCCAACAGAAUAUUAAAAACACAAUAAAACGUCAAACAUUAAGAACUUCCCUAAACAGGGCUGCCUUCAGAUGUCUUCUAAAAAUCAGAUAGUUGUGUAUUUCCUUGACAUCUGAUGGGAGGGUGUUCCACAGGGCAGGCACCGCUGCCGAGAAGGCCCUCUAUCUGGUUCCCUGUAACCUCGCUUCUCACAGGGAGGGAACCACCAGAAGGCCCUCGGUGCUGGACCUCAGUGUCCAGGCUGAACGCUGGGGGUGAAGAUGCUCCUUCGGGUAUACAGGGCCGAGGCCGUUUAGGGCUUUAAAGUUAGGUUCUUAUUAGAAACAGUGCAGUUAUUAAAAGUGGCCAUGAAAAUUAACAGCAUGUCAGUACAUAAAGCACAGGCUGUCACUAGCCUUUGCAGAAAGAAAUGAGCAUAACUUACUAGCAACCCAGAGUGAGGCUUUAAAAUAACAUGACAUGGUUAACAAGCAAGCGCUUGUGAAAGUGACAUGGAGUGGAAAACCCAUCCCUUUAGCCCAAAAAAGAGGUUGCGUCCUCUUUUUUCACUGUGCCCCUGCUUCUUGAUUUCCCCCCCUCCUUGAAGCAUAAAAUGAAACGGCCACACCUGCCUCAUUUUCUCCCCGUUGACUCACCUGUUUCCCUUCCUUUCGACUCCACUCCCUCUAGUGCCCGGAAUCUGACAAAAAAUGCCACCUGUGGACGGCCGUCGACUUGGGCUUCUUCAUCCUGAUGGGGAUCUUGGGCGGCCUCCUGGGGGCUACCUUCAACUGCAUCAACAAGAGGCUUGCGAAGUACCGCAUGCGGAACGUCCACCCCAAGCCCAAGUUGGUCAGGUACCUGCCCCCUUUACCCUGCCUGUCAUUGUCGUCUUCUUGUUCUGCUGCUGCUGCUGCUGUGUGCGUGUGUUUGCCAGACUGUUAGUGAAGAAGGGGGUCAGGGUUGGGAGCCUUGACACAUAUUGGAUGUGAUGCAGGGUCAGUGGUCGGGGGGCGUAGCCUAGGGAGGGUCUCCCAAGGGCCAGAUAGGAAGGCCUAGGGAGCCACAUCUGGUGUCCUCCAGAUGUUUGGAACUACAUCUCCCAUUUCCCCUCUCCUGGACUACCUUGGGACAACCUGUUGCGGGGAUUUCUGUGGCAUCCCCGGGGUGGGAUCGGUGGUGGGCGGCAGCAGUGUGGAAGGAAGGGCGGCAGCAGCGAGCGGUUCUGAGCCACCGAAUUCCCUUGCACGCUUCUCUUGCCUCUUCUCGCUUGCAGAGUCUUGGAGAGCCUGCUGGUGUGUCUAACGACCACCCUUGUGGUGUUUGUCGCUUCCAUGGUUCUAGGGGAAUGCCGGCCGCUGUCUUCCACCAACCACGGGGGCAACAGCUCUUUCGGCCUGCAGGUAAGAGCGAGAGCCGCAGGCCCUUUCCUUGAAGAGAGGCGUAAAAAUGAUGGCAAUGAACACAUUCCUCUGCCCUUAGUUUUAAGUGCACAUCCCUCGGUCCCUCUACUACCAAUGCUCAGUGUGUGAGUGCCGUUCCUUUUUUAUUUUAUUUUUGUUUUUAUUUUUAUUUUCCCCCCAAUUUUUUUUAUUGAUUUUCCAAAUUUUUUUCCCAAACAAACAAACAAACAAAAAUCUCAACCAUAUUAAAACCAAACUUAGUAACAUUGUUAAGUGACUUCCUCGUAUCCCCCUGGUUGAAUUUCAGUGUAUAUCAUUUUAACGGUUUUCAAAAACCAAUAUUCUUAUAAAAUUAACUUAAUCACUUAACAUUUUUCUUUCUUUCCAAUUCCGCAUUAAACAUAUUAAUUCAUCCUUUUUUAUUUUAUUUUUAACUGUUGCUGUCUUGUUACGGGUUAGGAUUCUUCAUCUGAUGAAGUGAAUUCCAGCAUUAAGACAUUCUUCUGCCCAAACGACACUUACAACGACAUGGCAACCCUUUUCUUUAACCCUCAGGAGUCUGCCAUCCUGCAGCUUUUCCACCAGGAGGGUGAGUGGUCGCUGUGAGGAACCCAGAGGGCAUGCUGGCAGAGCAGCGAAAAAGGCUGCUGCUGGCUUCUUGAAAACCACACCCUGGAUAUUUUUGGGUGCUCAGGCUGUGAGUGUCAUUGUAGCCAAAAGGGGGGACGGGACCAAUGCACAGCAUCAUCCAUGCCCAAGAGGAAGGAUUCACAGGUGGGGGUUUUGUGGGGAGAACCCCAAGGAUUGUAAAAGCAUAAAAUAUUCAGGGAAAUACCAUAUUUUUUGCUCUAUAAGACUCACUUUUCCCCUCCUGAAAAGUAAGGGGAAAUGUGUGUGCGUCUUACGGAGCGAAUGCAGGCUGCGCAGCUAUCCCAGAAGCCAGAACAGCAAGAGGGAUUGCUGCUUUCGCUGCAUAGCGAUCCCUCUUGCUGUUCUGGCUUCUGGGAUUCAGAAUAUUUUUUUUCUUGUUUACCUCCUCCAAAAACUAGGUGCAUCUUGUGGUCUGGUGCGUCUUAUAGAGCGAAAAAUAUGGUAAUUCUCAGGCAGAAUACCCCAAAAUAGCACAAGGAGGACCAACAGGAUUCUGGCUAGCUGAGAAGUAGUGGGGUUGUCAUGGCUGACUCUACACUGCAACAUCUCCCAUUAGUUUUGUUUUUCAGCUCUUGUUUUAUCUAUUAAACUUCCUAUUGGACAGCCGCUGCUGUUACUUACUGUUUACUAGACUAGUACUUUAUCUUAACAACUUACUGGGCGUUAUACAUAAAGCAGAGCUGCUAUUAAUCAGCUAGAUGAGUAGCCUUACAGUGGUACCUCUGGUUACGAACUUAAUUCGUUCCAGAGGUCCGUUCUUAACCUGAAACUGUUCUUAACCUAAGGUACCACUUUAGCUAAUGGAGCCUCCUGCUGCCACCGCAACGCCAGCAUGCGAUUUCUGUUCUCAUCCUGAGGUAAACUUCUUAACCCGUAGUACUACUUCCGGGUUAGCAGAGUCUGUAACCGGAGGUGUUUGUAACCUGAGGUACCACUGUACUACUAAUUCACUAGCAUACAGACUUAUUGUGUCAAGAAGAGCUACCAUUGCUACUGUGGAUUUACUAGACUAUUGGAGUUGCUAGUAACUUACAUAUACCGUAGAUUCCAGCGUAUUAGGCGACUGGGCAUAUUAGAUGAUCCCCCAAAUUGGCAGCUGCAAUUUGGGGAUUUGUCUUAUAAGCCCAGUUGCCUAAUAUGCCGGGCAGCUCCACGUCAGGAGAAAGCCGCCCAGCGCGGAGCUGAGUCCGCUGCCCGCUGCUGCUGCUACCCGGUGUAUAAGACGACCCCUGACUUUUUAACCUCUUUUCCGGGGUUAAAAAGUUGUCUUAUACGCUGGAAUCUACGGUAAUGUCCAGUGAGUCUGUAAGCUAGUGAAGCAGAACUGCCGUGGACCGCCCUAGAACAGCUCUUCUGAAAGUUAGGAUUUUGUCGCCACGGCAGUACCACCUGUGUCCACUUGCGGGUGCUCUCAGUCCACAUACAUAUUCACAUACACACAGAGACUUUACCAAAUCCUUGGGUAAUAGCUGAUCAAGGCUGAAGAUAAUGGCAGGGAAUGGCAGGUGGUGUGAAUGAUACCCUUUCUGCAAUUUUUUACAAGGGAACGGAAGGUAACUGUGCUGGUACACACUUGAAUAUAGGAGAGAGGGAUCAAGAAGAACUUAAGAAGCUUUUCUUCUCAUGAGCAAAAACUGCUUUUUAGAAGCUCACAAUUGAGAUGGGGUCAUUGAGAAGGCUGAUCUGGAGAUAGGUAGGCACAGUUACCAAUAAAACAUUGCAAUUUUCAGGGCAAGAUUUGGGUGUCUGUCUUUUGCCCAGAGCAGAGAAUGUUUCCGGGGCAAUUUCUCACAGAGCCUUACAUAGGACCCUCUCCCACCUGACUCCAGGGAUUUAGAAAACAAAACCAAAUGCUCGUCCUUAUAUAGAAGGGUCUGGGGAACACCUGAGGGUCCCCCGGAAGUUGCUGGGCUCUAGUGGGAAGGGUACGAUAGGUGCUGGACUCCUGACACCAUAUGAGGCCCUGAAUGUUCUCCAGACCUCCUGUGGAGCGAUAAACGCCCAGUAUUGAAAUAACCUGAGUGCCUUGGGAUGGCUUCUGUGGGUGGGAGUCUUCUUGGGGCGGCAAAGCUCUUGCUGAAAGGGGCAUGGCCUUUUACUUCAGUGGGCGGGACUCCCGCUGGCUGCCACUUAAACCGCCUCUUUCCCCAGCCACUCAGAAUAACCGGAGUGCUGUAAGACGGCUUCUGUGGGCAGGGUGCUUCUUUUGGGGCAGGGGGAAGAGCUCUUCCUGACUGGGACGUGGCCUCUCGUGUCAGUGGGCGGGGCUCCUGCGGGCUGCCACCCAAGCCUCUUUCCCUGUUGUCUUUGCAGGUACCUUCAGCCCAGUCACCCUCUCCCUGUUCUUCCUCCUCUAUUUCCUCCUUUCCUGCUGGACUUAUGGGAUUUCUGUGCCCAGCGGCCUCUUUGUCCCGUCGCUGCUUUGCGGGGCUGCCUUCGGACGCCUGGUGGCCAACCUCCUCAAAAGGUGCCUCCUCUGCUUCGCGCAUGGCGCUACGGGGCAGGACCCCCCUCCCUCUCUCCCCAGACCCUCCCUGCUUGUCUCCACUGCAUCCUGACACCCUCCGACUUGUCUUCUCUCCCCUAGUUACAUUGGCCUGGACCACAUCUACUCGGGGACCUUUGCCCUGAUCGGGGCAGCUGCCUUCCUGGGAGGGGUGGUGCGCAUGACAAUCAGCCUCACCGUCAUCCUGAUCGAGUCCACGAACGAGAUCACUUACGGGCUCCCCAUCAUGAUCACGCUUAUGGUGAGCCUCUUAGCAGCGGCACCGAAUCUUCCAACGGCUAGCGCAAUUGCAAAGCUAAGCAGGGUUUGGUACAGUUUCAAAUUGGAUGGGGGACUGUGUGUUGGGAUACUUGCAUUGGAGGGGGUUGGAUUCAAUGACCCUUGGGAUCCCUUCCAGUUCUAUGAUCCUCCACUACCACCCCGUGGAGCUACAUCGGCAGUUGUGCCAAGCCCCUUUGUAGGUGCGGUUUGCAUCAGACCACAGAUUGACAAAAUGAGGGUUGCUAGACAGAAAGCCUCCUCAGCUACCCUGAGGACUUCGCAGUGCAGAACUCCCUAAUUCAGAAAUGAACUGGCAACCACUGUAGGUGCUUUAAAAUGGCUUCUAUGAGAUCUAGAAGCGACGCGGGUAGCACUGUGCUCUAAACCACUGAGCCUCUUGGGCUUGCUGAUCAGAAGGUUGGCGGUUCGAAUACCCACGACGGGGUGAGCUCUCAUUGCUCGGUCCCAGCUCCUGUCAACCUAGCAGUUCGAAAGCACGUCAAAGUGCGAGUAGAUAAAUAGGUACCACUGGUGGGAAGGUAAAUGGCGUUUCUUUGAUCUCUGGCUUCCAUCACAGUUUCCUGUUGUGCCAGAAGCGGUUUAGUCCUGCUGGCCACGUGACCCGGAAAGCUGUCUGUGGACAAAUGCCGGCUCCCUCGGCCUGAAAGCGAGAUGAGCGCCACAACCCCAUAGUUGCCUUUGACUGGACUUAACCGUCCAGGGCUCCUUUACCUUUACCUUAUAUGAGAUCUCAAGGGAGCUCCAGCCAGCAGUCUGGCCAUUGUGAAAACCAAUGGAGGUUUCCAAGUCGUCUCCAAGGUCUUCCCCGUGUAGAACGCAUUGCUGUGGUCUAAUCUGGAGGUUUUUCUCGUGUGUAGGAGCUUCUUGUACCAGCUCCUCAUCCUUCUCUUUCCAGGUAGCCAAAUGGACUGGAGACCUCUUCAACAAGGGUAUCUACGACAUCUACGUCAACUUGCGAGGGGUGCCACUUCUCGAGUGGGAAACCAAGGCAGAAAUGGACAAGUCAGUCCCCGAUUUCAACAAUCUUUAAGUUGUCCUGUGUUAAAAUUGCUUGCUCUCUGUGCAUGCGUGUGUGUGCAACUCUCAAGCAUGCUUCUUUCUGAUGUUCCCCAGGCUGAGAGCCAGCGACAUAAUGGAACCCAACCUGAUGUACGUUUACCCCCACACCCGAAUCCAGUCCCUCGUGAGCAUCUUGCGCACGACGGUUCACCACGCCUUCCCGGUGGUGACCGAAAACCGGGCGUACGAGAGGGAGUUCAUGAAGUGGGACCAGCUGAUCAGCAACAACAUCAAGUUCAAGGUGUGUUCCGGCGCGGAGUUCCUUGUGGGGAAUAAAUGGAGUGCUUUUGUUGAGUAUGGCAGCACCUAGAUCUUUGGAACUCCCUGCCCAUUGGUAUGAGGCAGGUUGGACUAGAUGCGUUCCCUUACAACUCUACAACUCGCAUGAUUCUCGUGGUUCAGUCAUACCUUGGGUUGAAUAUGCUCCAUGUUGAGCGUAUUUGAGUUGCGCUCUGCAGCAACCCGGAAGUAACGGAGCGCAUGCGCAGACGCAGAUGCUCAAAAUGACGUCAUGCUCAGAAGCGGCGAAAAGCGACACGUGUGCGUGCAGACGUGCUGUUGCUAGUUUCAUUUGCUUCUGGAUGUGAACGGGGGUCCGGAACGGAUCCCAUUCGCAUCCUGAGGUACCACUGUAUUAAUUCCUCGGCCACCCAGUGCCUAAUAAUAAUAAUAAUAAUAAUCAUAAUAAUUUAUUAUUUAUACCCCGCCCAUCUGGCUGAGUUUCACCAGCCACUCUGGGCGGCUCCCAAUCAAGUAUUAAAAACAAUAUAGCGUUAAAUAUUAAAAACUUCCCUGAACAGGGCUGCCUUCAGAUGUCUUUUAGGAUAGCUACUUAUUUCCUUCACAUCUGAAGGGAGGGUGUUCCACAGGGUGGGCGCCACUACUGAGAAGGCCCUCUGUCUGGUUCCCUGUAACCUUACUUCUCGCAAUGAGGGAACCGCCAGAAGGCCCUUGGCGCUGGAUCUCAGUGUCCGGGCUGAACGAUGGGGGUGGAGACGCUCCUUCAGGUAUACAGGACCGAGGCCGUAUAGGGCUUUAAAGGUCAGCACCAACACUUUGAAUUGUGCUCGGAAACGUACUGGGAGCCAAUGUAGGUCUUUCAAGACCGGUGUUAUGUGGUCUCGGCGGCCGCUCCCAGUCACCAGUCUAGCUGCCCCGUUCUGGAUUAGUUGUAGUUUCUGGGUCACCUUCAAAGGUUGCCCCACGUAGAGCGCAUUGCAGUAGUCCAAGCGGGAGAUUACCAGAGCAUGCACCACUCUGGCGAGACAGUCUGUGGGCAGAUAAGGUCUCAGCCUGCGUACCCAAUGGAGCUGGUAAACAGCUGCCCUGGACACAGAUUUGACCUGUGCCUCCAUGGACAGCUGUGAGUCCAAAAUGACUCCCAGGCUGCGCAUCUGGUCCUUCAGGGGCACUGUUAGCCCAUUCAGGACCAGGGAAUCCCCCACACCCGCCUGCCCCCUGUCCCCCCAAAACAGUACUUCUGUCUUGUCAGGAUUCAGUCUCAAUCUGUUAGCCGCCAUCCAUCCUCCAACCGCCUCCAGGCACUCACACAGGACCUUCACCGCCUUCACUGGUUCUGAUUUAAAGGAGAGGUAGAGCUGGGUGUCAUCUGCAUAUUGAUGAACACCCAGCCCAAACCCCCUGACGAUCUCUCCCAGCGGCUGGAUGUUGAAAAGCAUGGGGGAGAGGACAGAACCCUGAGGCACCCCACAAGUGAGAGCCCAGGGGUCUGAACACUCAUCCCCCAGCACCACUUUCUGGACACGGCCCAGGAGAAAGAGGAAUGUUUUUCAAAUUCCAUUUGGAAGUCAGUAACGAUAGACGUGAUGAAACAGUGGCGGUUUAUUUUUGCCAGAAAUCCAGCAUCCUCACCCGGGCCGGCGAGCAGCGUAAACGCAGCCAGUCCAUGAAGUCCUACCCAUCCAGCGAGCUUCGCAACGUCUGUGACGACCACAUCGCGACGGAGGAGCCUCCGGAGACAGAGGACAUGUUGCAGCAGAUGCUGGAGCGGAGGUGAGCAAACACAGAACAGGACCGGGGGGGGGGGGGGGGCAUCUCUUUCAGGCUGAGUGCAACAUUCCUUAAAAAAUUUAUUUGGUUUUCCAAAUUAAAGUUUUACAGUCAAAGAUAUACAACAUAUAAAUCAGAUUCCAAGGAAUCUCCUGGACUUCCCUCCUCCCCUUUGUGGGUCCUGUUAUUAAUCAUUUCCUCCUGCAUCUUUUAUGACAAUCCAAGUCUUUUAUCUCUCCAUUGUGUCGAAAAUUCACCCUUAAACUACAAGUGAUAUUCCAAUCCUACUAACGACUUUAACUGUUCACAAUAGUUUUUAAGAUAAGUUAUAAAUUCUCCCCAUUCCUUAUUAGAAUUUUGUUCUUCUUGAUUUCUGACUCUUCCGGUCAUUUUAGCCGUUUUGGCAUAAUCCAUCCACUUGAUCUGCCAUUCUUCUAUGGUAUGGAUUUUAUCUUCUUUCCAUCUCUGGGCCAAUAACAUCCCUUCAACCGUGGUCACAUACAUAAAGAGUCUUUUCUGCUCCUUUGGGAUUUCGGCACCUAGAAUUCCUGAAAGGAAAGCUUCAGGUUUUUUUAAGAAAAAGUUAUUUUAAACAUUUUUUUCAACUCGUUAUACAGUUAUACCUUGGCUUAAGUACUUAAUUCGUUCGGAGGUCCGUUCUUAACCUGAAACUGUUCUUAACCUGAAGCACCACUUUAGCUAAUGGAGUCUGCUGCCGCACCGCCGGAGCACGAUUUCUGUUCUCAUCCUGAAGCAAAGUUCUUAACCUGAAGCACUAUUUCUGGGUUAGUGGAGUCUGUAACCUGAAGCGUAUGUAACCCAAGGUACCACUGUAUAAAAGGCUGGAACAGAUUAAUCCACUUUGCAUUACUUUCUAUGGGGAAGUGCACCUUGGUUUUGGAACGCUUUGGUGUUGGAAUGGACUUUUGGAAUGGAUUAAGUUUGAGAACCAAGGUACUUUUUGCUAGGUCUAAGUUUUUGCUAGGUCUAAUGGGAAGGGAAAUUAAAACAAAAGACCAGAACUUGUUCAUGUACUCCACGGCCGCCGCAAGAACCCUACUGGCCCAAAAAUGGAAAACACAAAAUAUACCAACCAUCCAGGAGUGGCAGGUGAAGAUGACAGACUUUGCGGAACUUGCCAAAUUGACAGGGAGGAUCCGGGAUCAAGAAGACCAGAGGUACAAGAACAAUUGGAGUAAAUUUAUUGAAUAUUUAAAGGAGAACUAUAAAAACGUAAAGACGCUAGCCGGACUGGAAUAAUGCUUUCAAUGUAAAACAUCAGUGAUACAAGAAUAAUGUGCGUGAUAAGAAUGGGAAAAAUAUACCAAUUGCAGGGAGGGAGGGAGAGUCAAAGGGGACAUAUGGUAACAGCAAGGAUUGUUGGAAAAAGAAUAUGUAAAGAAAAUGAUAAUAAUUUACUUGGAAAAAAAAAGUUUGAGAACCAAGGUACUACUGUAGUCUAAAGCAGUGCGUUUCAACCACUAGUGUGCCGCGAGAUGUUGCCUGGUGUGCCAUGGGAAAAAUUCGAAAGAUUUUUUUAAAAAAAAAAUGUCAAAUUUUCGCCCACUAGGAGGACGCCGGACUGUGUCCACCCUAUUUUCCAUCCGUCCUGGGUGGGGAUCAGAUCGGAUGGGAUCUGAUGAGAGCGGACAGGCGGUCCGCUCUCAUCCGAUUCCCCAUAGAGAGCAGCGGGGCUCUGACAUCUCCCUCUCCACACACAGUGGUGGUGUGCCUCGUGGUUUUUUUCAUGAAACAAGUGUGCCUUUGCCCAAAAAAAGUUGAAAAACACUGGUCUAAAGCAUCUAGCAGGUGCCAGGCCAGUGAGUUUUUCAUCUCAAUGCCAGACACUUAGGGAGCUAAUGAGAGCGUGCAAAUGUUUCAGGGGCUGACUGGUUGGCUGGCCUGAGUCGUCUCCUUUUUCCUGCAGGCACCCCUGCAAUCCAUCUCCAGAAUUUCUUGCUCAAUAAUUACCUGUAUGUUACCUGAUCGACUCCCCUCCCCCAUCCCAGGUACACCCCAUAUCCUAACCUUUACCCGGACCAAUCGCCCAGCGAAGAGUGGACCAUGGAGGAGCGAUUCCGGCCCCUGACCUUCCACGGCCUCAUCCUGCGCUCGCAGCUGGUCACCUUGCUGGUGCGAGGAGUCUGUUACGCGGAGAAUCAGUCGGUGAGUUGGUUCCGCUCAUUGGAUUACUUGGGCCUGCGAACGGCUUGGGGCGACGUUAUCAUGUAGUGUGGAAGAGACCUUGCAUUGACAGCGUCCCUGACAAGAGGUGUCCCUUCUCACCUGCACCUGAAGGGAAAAGAUCCCCAUGUUCCUGGCCCCCCCUCCCCAGUGGAUAUUUGUCCUUUAUUUAUUUAAACGAUUAACAUUUUUUAUUGAGUUUCCCCAAGAAAAUUCCUCUCCUGUCCUGUCUUGAUAUGUUUGAAACAUCCAUAGAGGACAAACUAGAACCCAAAUUUUAUCUUAAAAGAGCUGUUCUUUCUUUCAGCUCAUUGGGAGUAGCUUAUGAAUGACAUGUGUGCCUCUGCACUGCAUAAUCUGAUUUUAACUUUUUUAUGUACAGUGGUACCUCUGGAUGCAAACGGGAUCCGUUCUGGAGCCCCGUUUGCAUCCCGAAGCGAACGCAACCUGCAUCUGCGUGUGCGCGGGUUGCGAUUCGCCGCUUCCGUGCAUGCACGUGACAUCAUUUUGAGUGUCUGUGCAUGUGUUAGCGGUGAAAUCCGGAAGCAACGCACUCUGUUGCUUCCGGGUCGCCGUGGAGCGCAACCCGAAAAUAUUCAUCCCGAAGCAUAUUUAACCCGAGGUAUGACUGUAGUUUUAUUGUACUGUUAUUGGUACACUGUUCUGAUUUAGUUAUUUAUUUAAUCAACAGCAUAAGUGGGGACGACUCUUCUCCUUCAAAGAUCAGAAAUUCCCUCCCAGGACCCUAGAGGACAGUGGUCCUGCCCCAGUUUCCCCCCAGCUUCCCUUGCAAUAGAAAUUCACAGUCCAGGAUUUCCUGUUCUCCUCCAUUUUUGAUACACCGUAGGCUUUGAUCUGUGUCUGCCUGACUGAGAUUUGCCUUCCAGAGCACCAGCCAGCCUCGCCUUUCAUACGGCGAGAUGGCGGAAGAUUACCCUCGCUAUCCCGACAUCCACGAUCUGGACCUCACGCUUCUGAACCCCAGGAUGAUUGUGGUAAGGGCAAGAGGGUGUGCUUGCACAAAUUUGUGGAGCGUCAAGCUAUCAGUAGCUACCAGCCACGAUGGCUGUUCUCUUUCUCCAUGGUCAGAGGCUGCGGCUGGAAACCAGAGGAGUGCAGAGGGCUCUUGCUUGCAAGUUUUCCAUUGGGCCACAUUGAGAACAGAAUGCUGGACUAGAUGGGCUAUUGCGUUAGAUGGUACCAAACACCGAGGAAAUUGGCAAAAAUGUCUAAAUCAAAUAAAUGUUCCCCUUUUUGUUUAUCUCUCUGGGGAAGCGGCUUCCGCAAGCGGACUGGUAGAUUGCAGCAGUGGCAGGAAAUGGGACAAAGAACUAGCUGGCUGGUAAACACAUAAGAACAUAACAGGAGCCCUGAAGGACCAGGCCAGUGGACCAUCUAGUCCAUCAUCCUGGGGGAGACUCACAAGCAGGACUCGAACCCAAGAGCCCUCUCCCCCUGAAAAUGAUAUAUCAGUGGUGCUGUGAGUUCAACCACAGAGCCUAGGACUUGCCGAUCAGAAGGCACUGACUACAUCCCUGGGUAGGACAAGUGAAAACCCAGUGUAAAAUGUGUCGUGGGUCACCUCAACUGCUUUUACUGUUGGGUAUUGAUUUGGUAGGGGACGCUGUUGGUGCUGUGGGUUAAACCACAGAGCCUAGGACUUGCCGAUCAGAAGGUCGGCGGUUCAAAUCCCCGCGAUGGGGUGAGCUCCCGUUGCUCGGUCCCUGCUCCUGCCAACCUAGCAGUUCGAAAGCACCUCAAAGUGCAAGUAGAUAAAUAGGUACCACUCCGGCGGGAAGGUAAACGGCGUUUCCGUGCGCUGCUCUGGUUCGCCAGAAGCGGCUUUGUCCUGCUGGCCACAUGACCCGGAAGCUGUAUGCCGGCUCCCUCGGCCAGUAAAGCGAGAUGAGUGCCACAACCCCAGAGUCGGCCACGACUGGACCUAAUGGUCAGGGGACCCUUUACUUUUAACACGGAGUAAACUGGCAAGAAUGUAUAAAUCUAAAUCAAAGAUGUGUUGGUAAUGUAAAGAGAAAGAAGGUUCUUUUUAUCAUUCGUGGUGGUCUUGUGGUAAGAUUAAAGCUUCCUGGGAAAUUAUAUAUAACGAAAUGAAAAGGGUGUUUAAAAUAACCUUUUUUAAAAAAAAAAAAACCCAGAAGCUUUUCUUUUGGGAAUUCUAGGGACAGAACUUCCUAAAAUGUAUAGAAACUUAUUCAUGUAUGCUACUACAGUGGCAAGAAUGUUACUUGCCCCAAAGUGGAAAGAAGCAGAAGUCCCAGCAAAGGAAGAAUGCAUACAAAAACUUAUGGAAUAUCCUGAAAUGGCAAAACUUGCUGGAAAAAUAGGAAAUCAAGAUAACAGUUUUUAAAAUAAAAGAAUGGAAAUGGUUUAUUGAAUAGUUGCAGAUAAAUUAUAAACAGAUACGAGCAUUGGCAGGAUUAUUGUAAUAACCUGCAGAUUCAUAAGAGUAUAUAUUUAGAGAAGAAGAAUAAAUGAGCCAAUUAAGUUAAUUUGGAUACGCAGAAGAUACUAAAAACAAAUUUAAGGAACCGCAGAAAGUGGGGGAAGGAAGUCAAGUUUUGAAAUGUCAGAAUGAUUGUAAAAUCAGUGAAACGUAUAAACUUGAAAAGUACAAAAUAAAAAAUAAUACAUAAACAGGCAAAAAUAAUAAUAGAUGGGCUAUUGGUCUGAUCCAGCCGGCUCUCCUUAGCUUAUUACAAAAGUGCUUCUUGCUGCAUUAUUGCUGGGUUGUUUUUGAUGACCUUCCCCCGUGUCUGCUUAACUCCUCUGGCAGGACAUCACACCUUACAUGAAUCCCUCCCCUUUCACGGUUUCGCCCAAUACUCACGUCUCGCAAGUCUUCAACCUCUUCCGGACGAUGGGGCUCAGGCAUUUGCCCGUAGUGAAUGCUGUUGGGGAGGUGAGUUUAACCUGUACAUACUGUCUUUGGGAAGAAUUUUGCAACUGGGUCUGGGUGUAACUUUUCUCCCAUGACUUCCUCUCCCACCUAGUUAGGUUUGUGCCAAGAGUUUAAAAUCCAGAGGCCGUCUUGCUGGAGAAUCCAGAGCAGGCAUCCCCCAACUCAGCCCUCCAGCUGUUUUGGGACUACAACUCCCAUCAUCCCUAGCUAACAGGACCAGUGGUCAGGGAUGAUGGGAAUUGUAGUCCCAAAGCAGCUGGAGGGCCGAGUUUGGGGAUGCCUGAUCCAGAGCUUUAAGGCAAAUGCGUCUGCCUAAUAACCGCCACUAGAUGUUGCUGUGCUCUAGAACAAACAAUCCCAACGUAUAGUGCAGAGCAUAGGAGGUCAGUUUGUAGUAUGCUGAGCUAUCAAUGUUUCCCAAACCUGGGUCUCCGGCAGCUUUUGCACUACGGUUCCCAUCAUCCCUGACCCUUGGUCCUGCCAGCUAGGGAUGAUGGGAGUUGUAGUCCAAGAACAGCUGGAGACCCAAGUUUGGGAAACCCUGAGCUAGAUGAUCCUGGCAUAAACUGCUAGCAGAUGUAUGGAGGCAAAAGACUGGGCGGCUCUCCCAAGGAGUGGGUCCUCCACGUGGGCAGUACUGCCCCAUGGGGGUUGGUGGGAUUACCUAGGGGGUUGCUGGAGAUAUAAAUGACGAUCAGACUCUGAAAAGCUGGUACCUUUAGAUCAAGCUUAACAAUGUUGUUGAAUUAAUUAAACAAAAUAUAUUUUAUUGAAUUUUGAGGAAAUGUGCAAUUAACUGUUUUAUUGUGUUGCUAUCUUCCUUAGUAGCGACGCGAGUGGCGCUGUGGUCUAAACCACAGAGCCUGGGACUUGCCGAUCAGAAGGUCGGCGGUUCGAAUCCCUGUGACGGGGUGAGCUCCUGUUGCUCGGUCCCUGCUCCUGCCAACCUAGCAGUUCGAAAGCACGUCAAAGUGCAAGUAGAUAAAUAGGUACCGCUCUGGCGGGAAGGUAAACGGCGUUUCUGUGCGCUGCUCUGGUUCACCAGAAGCGGCUUAGUCAUGCUGGCCACAUGACCCGGAAGCUGUACGCCGGCUCCCUCAGCCAAUAAAGCGAGAUGAGCGCCGCAAGCCCAGAGUCGGCCACGACUCGACCUAAUGGUCAGGGGUCCCUUUACCUUUACCUUUAUCUUAGUGGGUCAUGCAAACCACUAUUCUGAAUAAUAUACCACAAUAGAAUAAUAUGCCACAAUGCACUAGGUUAUCCUGCAGUGAGCUAGCAGGUGUUAGGAGGCAUAAGUCUGCCUGUCUUCUGGGUCUUUUGGGCUGCAGUUCCCACAAGCCUCAGACAACAUAGUUCAGAUUCACGGAGGGAGGGCCAGAUGCAUUUACAGUUGUACCUUGGAAGUCGAACAGCUUAAUUCCCGAACGAUUUGGCUCUCGAACGUCGCAAACCCGGAAGUGACUGUUCCGGUUUGCAAACUGCUUUUGGAAGCUGAACGUCCGAUGGGGCUUCCUGCAGCCAAUCAGAAGCUGCACUUUGGUUUUCGAAUGUUUUGGAAGUCAAACGGACUUCCGGAACGGAUUCCAUUCGACUUCCAAGGUACGACUGUCUCUAUCUUUCUAGGCAAAAUGCUCUCGCACUGGCAAAUUAGAACUUCCGUGUUCAGAACUUCCAUGUCUGGAGAGUUCAGACCAGGCCUGAGGGCAGCUGUACAGAGAGCACGUUGCAGUCUUCAGGUCAUGGGCUGCUGGACUGUUUAUUUAAUAAAAUAUAUGCAUUGCUUGAUUGUACAAAAAAAUAAAGAAAGAAUAAAAACUUAAAGCAGUUUACAAAGAGAAUAAAACAAAGUUACCGGAAGGCUUGUCUAAACAAAAACGUUUUUAGCAAGGGCUGAAAAGAGCGAAGGCGCAUGCCUGGUAUCAAUAGGCAGGGAGUUCCACUGUGUAGAUGCUGCCACACUAAAAGAUGGACAAGAUGGGCCUUUUCUCUGGUCCAGCCGCCUCCGUAACGUUGGUUUACCCUGCCCUCUUUUUCUCCCGCCGCCUCUUCGCAGAUCGUUGGCAUCAUCACGCGCCACAACCUGACCCACGAAUUCCUGCAGGCCAGGCUACGACAGCACUACCGGACCAUCUGACCCCUCCGCUCCCGCCUCCCAAGCCGCCGCUUCGGAUCUCGCGUGGCCCCCGGGUCACCUUCGUGCACUUUAAAGGCAACAAAAGCGGACCGGCUUCUUUCUCACUGGGGGGAGCUGGAAGACUCUGGGAGUUGUGGUCUGAACGCUUGCCGGCUAAUCUUAGGGGCUCGCUCACCUGCUGCCCCGAUUGGCUUCCGAUCAGCAUCGUCCCGACAUUUCACCGCCCCGCCGACAUGAUUCAUAUCUAUGCCAUAUUCCAGAUGGAAGGAACACCUGUCCUUUUCUUUUCUCCUCUCCUUGCCUUAUAUCCUAAAACCAGGUGUUAACCAUCUCGAAAGACUCAGAAGACCAAUGCAGCACGUAGCCGCUAUAUGUCAAGCUUGGGCCAGCAAUUUCCUCCUAUUUCGCAUUCGUAGUUUCAGUAAGGCUAAGCAGAAGAGACACGUUUUUCUUUUCUUUUUUACUGGAGACUCUGGGUAGAAUUUUCAUUUUCAUUCCACUUAACUGCACUUUUGAGUUGUUUUUUUCUCGGCUAGAGGCUGGGAUCCUUGAUGUUUGGGGGUGGGGGAAAGUCUCCACUUGAGUGAAUCAAACCCUUGAUCCUUAAUUAUCUUUUUUUGGGGGGGGGGGAAGUUAUAGGUGCAUAUGGAAGGGAACGAACAAUCGUGCCACUGAAAGUAAGUGUAUGUUGGGGUGUGUUUGUGUGUGUUAGUGAAAGGCAGCAUUUGCCUCUUGUGAGUGUGAGGAAAGCCGCAUGGGUCAGUUUUGCAGGGGUUUGGCAGCUGGAGUGCCGUGGGUUUGCUUGCACCUACAACCCUCCAGGCAUUGCUGGACUACAACUCCCAUCACCUCUGACCACUACUGGCUGCUGGAAGUUGUAGUCCAGCACCUGAAGAGUCACAGAGUCACCAACCCUGCCUUGAAGUCCUAGAUGGAGCAGGUGUGUGCAUACAGAACAGAUUCGGGUCUCCUAGCUCUCUAAAGGCUUAAUUUUUUAAAAGAAUAAGUCAGCACCCUGAAUUGGACAUUGGGGCCUCAAAUUAUCUCUUCCCGGGCCAUCUUAGGUUGGCAUUGUAGUAUAGAAGCUUUAGAGCAGAGGGUUGGAACCUGUGGCCUUCCAGAUGUUGGGACUACAACUCCCAUCAUCCUUGGCCCCGGGGCUGAUGGGAGUUGGGAGUCCAGUGGCCUCUGGAGGGCAAAACCCCGCUCUUGAGGGAGAGAGACAUUGGGAGUGGAGCUGAACCAGUUUGCCUGAAGGGUUUCCAGUACACAGUAGGCUUGAUGGCCGGUAGCGGUUCAGCAUCACUGAGAAGAAUCUCACUUGCCUUGUGGGUGGCUGGCUGGCACCUUGCCGCAGACAUUUUGCAGGGAAAGUCAAGCUCAUUGGUGAAAGUUUCCCCUAAUCAAACCCACUGGUGAUCGGCACCCGUAAUUCCUACCUGUCUCAGCCCCUUAAACUGCCACCGGCUGGUCGCUCCAUACCAGGCUGCUGCCACUGUAGAGAAAACCAAACUUAAAUAUAUUUCUGGAGUGUUUAAAGGUUUUCUCCUGCAUGCGCUAGGCAUCUAGCAGCAAUUCCCUAAGCAAACAUGAGCAGGUCACAUCUAUUGGGACAACAGCUCUGUUGCUACAGAGGCGCCAAUCUGCAGCGUGGCCCUGCCAUGUCCCCUCAAAUCUGCCCGUGACAUGUCUGGUUGGGUUUGUUUGACACCCACACACCCCACGGCAGAUCUCCAAUCUUUCCCUUCCUCCUGCAAGUGAUCGUAAGGACUGCUGGGGAAUUCUGUCCUCCAAACAGUAGAUCUCCAGGGGGUAUCCCUGAGAAUCCAGUUUUCAUAGAAAGACUUCCCUUUAGCUAGCAAGUCUUGAAAAGUUGCAGUUGUGACACCCAGUCCAGGACCAAAAUAGGAUUUAUUUAUUUUUGCAAAGGGGGAGUGGGGGGGACUAUCUGCAGCAGUUCCAGGAGCACUUGAGAGAGUUCAUGUAAUUGCAGAGUCACCUCAAGCCAGCCCAGGCUGGUCUGGGGCUUCUCGCAAGCCCCAUUUCGGCUGCCCCCUUCGCAGUUAUUCCAGCGGACUCCUGCCUCUGAAGGUUUUUCCCCCCUGUUCUUGCUUCUGCUAAAUCUCUCCGGUUUGGAAAGGUGACAGCCCUCAUGCUGAUGGUCUUGAUAAAGCACAGUCGUGGAGUGUGGAUUUUGCAGGUUUUUUCUUCCCAGGCCGAACAGCCGGAGAGAAAAUGCAUUCCAAGAAAAGGACCCCUACAGCUCUGCCUGCCCCCCCGCCACAAAAAUAAAACAAAAUCCUCCUUCCAUGUAACCCCACCUGUUAAAACCUGUUCUGUGCCACAAGGCAGGCAGGGAAGGAAUCGCUUCGAGCGUCUCACCCCAUCACAACCUUGUCGGUGUCUUUAAAACCAAAACGUGGGCUGUCUCCAAUGUUAGUUUUACUUACAAGUAGUCCUGCUGAAAUUAUUAGGUUCGGGCCUGUGAAUUUCAGUGGGUCUACUCUCAGCUGGAUGCAACCCUGUGUUUGUGGACCCCUCCCUCUUUUAAACCAUUCUGUGCCGCCAGUGACACUAAUUCAGGCAUUUCAGUUUCCUGUCUUCUGAAAUUAUAUGUGUUCAUUUGGGCUCCCGGGGUGUAGCUGGGGGGUAGGACACAGUGCCUGCUUUCGAGUACUGAUUUCAUCUCCUUGAACCAAGAAUGCUGUGUGUGUGUGUGUGUGUGUGUGUGUGUGUGUAAAUGUGCAAUGUGUGUUUAAAAUGUGUAAAGUCUGUCUCUGCAUAGCUCUUUGUGAUUGUGUGGUGGUACGUGUGGGGUUUUGUUUUUUUAAGGGAAGGAAAAUCAGAACCAGGUCCUCCUCUCUGUCCCUCUAAAUCCAUUGAAAGACUUCAGCUGUUUUCUGCUUCUCAGACCCACUGCUUUAUUCCUUUGACCCCUUGAGGAGGAGGAAGGAAGGAGGGCAGUCCACAUCUUUAAACCUUAAUUUGGCCCUGGCAUUUUCUGGUUGCAGCAGGUAUCAGCUCAGCCCUGCAAACCACUUUUUAAAAUUAUUAUCUCUCUCUCUCUUAGCUGGGGCAUAAUCAACUUUCUUCCUAAGCCUGUGUCCUUGACGGCAACUACUACUCUUAAAUUGCUAAGCUCUUACCAAAAAAAAAAAAGUUGCCACAAGUUUGAACCUCUCUGAUACUUAUUGAUCUGCAAGCCGUGUUAAAAAGUGGGAGAGUUGAAGAUUUCGUUCGCACCAAAUGACAAGUCUGUGGUUUGUUGGGGCGGCAUGUGUGAUUUUUCGUGCUGCCCCCUUGUGAAAGGGAAGGGGCUGCCUCCUCUCCCCCCCCCCAGAAGUCCAGCAGCCUGGCACCUAACAGCCGCAGCAUCGUUGACAUCUUGACUUUACAGCCAGUUAAGUGAGCUGUUUUGCCACUUCUCUGCAAAGCUUGCCCAGAACGUGUCGGGUUUCUUCCUUCACUGCGAUCUCGUAAGAUGUCGAACCAAUUAAGGACUGUCUUCCCCAACUCCCCAGAGCUGUUGGCUCGAAGGAGCUUGACAAUACAUUUCUGUGUUUUGAGCCGAUUUAUUUGUUUUUGGCAUCCUGGCGAUGCCCAGAUCAAGCGAUGCUUCAUUUUGAAACCAGUGGCUUUAGGACUCCUAUCCUGAGGAGUGUCAGCUAUCCUGACAGGGCAGCUGUGCUCUCUCUGUCUCUCUCUCUCUAAGGGAUCUUUCUUCUUCUUCCCUAUCAUGAUGAAAAGUUCCACUGUUCUUGCACAUGCCGACAAGGGGCUUGUUAGCGGAGCUAAGAUACAGAGCUGCAAUGCGUCUCGGUUUCUUGCUAAGUGAUGCCCUUGUUCUCAUUGCUGGGCUUCUUGUGGGCUUGAGAUUGCUGAGAUUUUUGUGCAGGGGGAAUUUUGUGGGCGGGGGGUUGUAGGGUGUGUGUGUGUGUUUGGGUUUGGGGGGAAAGGGGUAUAUCAUGAUGGUGUGCAUUUGUUGGUGUGCGUGGUAGGGGAGGGGCAUGUGAGUUUUUGCUCCCACGCUGUUGUCCAAAGAACCAUCGCUUAAGGCGAGACUUCAGUUCCUAAGCUGAGCUUGGUUCCAGCCUAUUCACUUCCCUCCGAUAGACGCUCUUUUCUCCGUCUCUUACUUUCAGGUCGUGCCUUCUGAGUUUAUUCAACUAUGCUUUUAAAAAAGGGUGUGUGUGACCCAUGCAACAAUGGCUUUGUGUUCCUAUGUUACCAGGGGGAGUCUUGAACGGAUGGAAUCUAUGCCGAUUAAUGCCCGCCACCGCCAAACUCUGUGCCCUCUGCAGUUCGCUGAGGUGUGUGUGCAUGUCUUGCCUUUAGUUAGAUGCACAUUUUUAAAAUGCGCGUAGCCCAACAUCCGCACACAUUUGGCGCUGACCACUUCCCACCACCGCCAAAUGCCUCUUAUCCAAAACAAAGCAACAGGAAAGGUUUUGCUUUUCUAGGUCCGUCCCGAAUAAUUCUGGGAGCAUCUAUCCCCGCCAACUCUUUGGUUUUUAAAGGAGGAGGAGGAGGAAGCAGGCAGAAUCUUUACUUGAUGCUUUUCAUUUUGCGAAGUUAAACUAUAGGGGAGAAAAGGGUUUACCACAGAUGUGGGGAACCUUUGCCCGCCCCCCAGAUGUUGACGAACUAUAAGCCCAAGCAAAUGGCCAGGGGUGAUGGGGGGUUGCUGUUCAGCAACCGCCUGGAAGGCCAGAGGUUCUCCACACCUGGUUUGCCCAGAAAGCAACACUUUUGCCCCACGUUGCAAGAGGAUUUUUUCCAUCUGGCGGAUUGAAAGUCAGUGACGCAGACUUGCUAGCCUCCCUGUCUCAAAUGUGCCACUCAAACCCUCAUUUCCGAAAUGGUCGCCCCAGACUGCUUGAGGUCUGCUGAUGGCUUGGCCAAAGCUUGGUACCCACCCCUUCUCUCUCUUCCCCCACCCCUGGUCAAGCCUAGACUCCCAAACAGACAGAAGGCCCUUAAACCCUCAGAUCAGUGUUAAGCUUGAGCCCAGGGCAGAGAAAUCUGGAGCAAAUAUUCACGCGUUCUCCUUUUCACUGCCCACUCUGGUCUCUAAAACAGUAUUAAAUUGCCAUAUCAAGGCAUAACCCCUAUCUCAUUCCUCCAUGUCGCAGUGCAUUCCCCUGGUAAACCCUCUCAAUGUUUUCUUCAAUCUAAUUUGUGUUUAUUUUUUUCCCUGAGGGGAGUGUUUGUGACCAAAUGAUGGGAAUUAAUUCUGUUGUGUAUAUAAUUUAUUAUUUUUUAUUUUUUUAAAAAAUGAGUGAGAUAAUAAUUAUUUGUGUUUGACCACCUGUAGUGUUUAACCAUGGCCAUCCUCUUUGGGGGGGGGGGGGGAAGAAAAAAAAUAAAUUAAAUUCCUCCCGU